UUCCACGAACGCGGACAAGAAAGAAAAAGAGUGAGUAUACCUUUUCCCAAAUUUCAUUUCUCGUCGUUUCAUUUCAUAUCUCGCGUCAAGAAGCACCGGUGAGUCUCAAAACCAAAUCAAUUCAUUAUUUAUUUAUUUUUUAGAUUUUUUAAUAAUUUUUCAACAAUUUUCGUCUUUCAUGAGUGGUGGAUCUUGUUCACUGCUCACUGAUGGAGAGAUCUAAGAGUUAAUUUCGGAAUUAUUAUGGAAUUAGGGUUAGGGUCAUCUUAAUAAACAAGCAACAUAAACUGAGUUUAGUGGAUAAGAGGUUCAAAUUUUGAUAGAGAGUUAUCUUGUUCAAUGUUUUUUUGAUUUGGGGGGAGUAAAAAUUAGGGCAUGAUUAAAUUAGACGAGAAAAUGAAAGGUUUGAUAAGUAGAAUGGUUCCGUUAGGGGCACCUAUAGCUGAUAAUGAAGAUGAGAUUGAUUAUUCAUUUGCUAUGGAGUAUCAAGGACCACCUGUUACUUACGAUCUUCCUCGAGCCGUUCCGAUUGAUAUUAAACAAAUACCUACUGCUUCUGUUGUUGCGCCGACAUCUUUGUCUGAUAAGAUGUUGUUACCGGUUGUUCAGCCAAUACUGAUACCUGAUUCUGUUAGUAAAGAUCAGCUGAAAGAGACAGUGUUGGUUUCUGAAUGCGUUGUUGUUUCUCCAACAUCUGUAAUUGCAUUUGAGAAGAGAGUAAGAGAUGGGAAUGAGUGUGGAGUAUCUAGUGAGUUUAGUAGUUUGGGUACUUCAAGAUUUUCAAAUGGGCUUGAUCAGUCUUGUGAGUUGUCGGAUAUGGUUGAUAGCUCCGGGGGUUUAGGUUAUCGAGACGGUCAGGAGUGCUUGGGUGAGUUGUCACAUACAGGAAGCAGCUCAGACAGGUUAGGAACUUCUGAUUGCAAAGUUCAUGAGUGUUCAGCUGUCUUAGGGUUGUCCGAUGGCCAUGAGUGCUCUGGUGAUUUUUCACACAUAGGAAGCAGCUGGGGUACAUUAGGAAUUUCUAGUGAUAAGGGUCAAUCUGGUGAGAUUAGGAGUUCAGAAAUUUUGGCGUCUUUAGAAGAUUGUGAAGAGAAUGUUGAUUUUUUAAAUGAUACGGAUCCUCAGGAUUGGGUAUCAUCCGAGUUGAGCUCACAAUUUCUGUCUUCGGCGGAAUCUUCGUUCAAGGCUGAGGAUUCUUGUAAUUCGCCUCUGACUCGUGGUAAGAAAGCAGCAAUUGUCAAAUUCCGUGAUGUCAAAUCUGGUGACAUAGUUCACGAACAUUACAGUGGUGCUGAACCUGAAGUUGUCCUAGAAAAGAAAGUACCUGAAACCAAAGUAAAGAAAGGGUUGUGUUAUCGGUGCCAGAAAGGAAAUCGUUUCACAGAAAAGGAGGUUUGCAUCGUCUGUAAUGCCAAGUAUUGCAGUAAUUGUGUUCUUAGGGCAAUGGGCUCGAUGCCCGAGGGAAGGAAAUGUGUUACUUGCAUCGGCUAUCCUGUAGAUGAAUUAAAACGCAAGGGAUUAGGAAAAUGUUCACGCAUUCUCAAAAGGUUGCUCAGUGAGUUGGAAAUUCGACAAAUAAUGGAGGCAGAGAAGUUAUGUGAGGCCAAUCAGCUACAAGCCGAGUAUGUCUAUGUGAACCGACAACAGCUUUCUCAAGAUGAGUUAGUUUGUUUGCAGAAUUGCCCAAAUCCACCAACAAAGUUAAAACCUGGGCGUUAUUGGUACGAUAAGGUCUCUGGGCUUUGGGGAAAGGAAGGUCAGAAGCCUUGCAAGAUCAUUAGCCCCCAUCUGAAUGUUGGGGGACCAAUCAUGGCAGAUGCUAGCAAUGGAAACACGCUAGUAUUUAUGAAUAAUCGUGAGAUCACUAAGGUGGAGCUACGCAUGUUUCAGUUGGCAGGAGUCCAAUGUGCUGGAAACCCUCACUUCUGGGUUGAUGAGGAAGGGUCAUACCAGGAGGAAGGGCAGAAGAAUAUUAAAGGAAAUCUAUGGAGCAAGGCUGGAAUGAAGCUGGUCUGUGCUGUUUUAUCACUGCCAAUCCCUAAUAAGGCUGCAAAUAUUUCUGGCGAAGAGGUAAUUAAUCAGGUCAACGGAGCUCUUCCAGAUUAUCGGAAAGGAAUGCUUCAGAGGCUACUUUUAGUGGGAUACAAUGGAUCUGGUACUAGCACAAUAUUUAAGCAGGCCAAAAUCUUAUAUAAGCCUGAUCCAUUUUCGGAAGAGGAGCGUGAAAAUAUUAAGUUGACAAUUCAGAGCAACGUGUACAAAUAUCUGGGUAUACUACUUGAAGGCCGUGAACGUUUUGAAGAAGAAAUACUGAAGGAAAUACGAAGUAAGCGGUUGCUUGACCAACCUGAUGCUUCAGGGAUCUGUGAGGAAGGAGAUAGUAAAACUAUCUAUUCCAUUGGCACGAGGUUGAAAUCAUUUUCCGAUUGGCUUCUUAAAGUAAUGGUUUCAGGUAACUUGGAAGCUAUUUUCCCUGCCGCUACUCGUGAGUAUGCUCCAUUAGUUGAAGAAUUAUGGAAAGAUGCUGCCAUUCAAGAAACAUUUAACAGGAGAAGUGAACUUCAAAAGCUAUCUGGGGUUGCUAGUUAUUUUCUGGAACGGGUUGUUGAUAUAUCAAUGGCAGACUAUGAGCCAACCAAUACGGACAUCCUUUAUGCCGAGGGUAUAACUUCGUCCAAUGGCCUUGCGUGCAUGGAUUUUUCAUUCCCCCUGUCGACUCAUGAUGACAACAUGGAUGCUUCCGCUCAGCAUGAGCAGUAUCUUAGGUAUCAGCUUAUUAGAGUACAUACUAGAGGUCUCGGGGAAAAUUGCAAGUGGCUAGAGAUGUUUGAAGAUGUUGGAAUGACUAUCUUUUGUGUUUCAUUGAGCGAUUACGACCAGUUUUGUGAUGAUGGGAAUGGGGUGCUCAUAAACAGGAUGGAUGCGAGCAGGAGACUCUUCGAGAGUGUCAUUACUCAUCCAGUGUUUGAAGAGAGGGAUUUUCUUUUGAUACUCAACAAAUUUGAUCUUCUCGAAGAAAAGAUUGAACGGGUCCCGCUAACCAUAUGUGACUGGUUCCAUGACUUCAACCCAGUGGCUAGCCGCAAUCGGUCCAAUAGUGGCAGCAGCAUUAGUACUGGGGCUCCAGCUCUGGCUCAGCUGGCUUUCCACUAUAUUGCGGUCAAGUUCAAAAAACACUUCGCAUCUCUCACCGGACGUAAGCUGUAUGUUUCCAUGGCUAAUGGACUGGAGUCUAGUAGUGUGGAUGAUGCUCUAAGAUAUUCGAGGGAGAUUCUGAAAUGGGAUGAAGAAAGAGCUAACUUCAGUGCUAGCGAGUACUCAAUUUAUAGCACCGAGGCUAGCAAUUCAGCUUGAUAUGGAAUGUAAUAAACAGUCUUGUAUAGAUAUCCUGUUACAUUGUUAGAAAAAUGUUUGUUGUAUAUAUACAAGUUUUUGUAAAGUGCACACGAAAGAACUGAAUGUGCUCUUGAGAGCAUUUAAUUGCCAAGGAGUUGUGUGAUCCUUGGGUGCUUACCGAUUGUCCUUUCUGUUGUACCAUGCACUGUUUUAUGGACUUACUAAUUUAGUAUCCACAUUUGAAA